CGCAUAGCUCGUACCCAACUUGCUAGAGCUCAUUGCUUGUGGCCGAGAGCUCGAGCGUUGAAUCGCAUAAAUUCAACGCUUAAGACUGGAGUCUUUUUGCCCUGCUUGACAUCCGUCUACGACUCUCUUGCGGAAUGACGCCUGAGGCGCUCUUUGCGACGACAAAUCUGGACGCCUUGAAAAGUCUGUUGCGUAAUGGGCUGUCGAACCUUCGGAGCCGUGAAAACUCCCAAUCGCAUUAUAUUUCCGCCCAUAAACAAAUCGACGACUUAUGAUAUGCACACAGCCGAACGCCACAGCGCUACCCCGAGUGCUGCCAGGAUGGCUGCGACCUCAUCCUCGUCCAACACCAGCUAACGCCACGUCCCAAAACGGCGCGCGGUGAGCUCCCACUUUUGAAAGAAAGGCUACGAAAUUGUUGCCUAUUGUGAACGCCCCAUAUAUCUAGCUCGGCCAGAUCAUAGUUGGCUCAAUCGCCGAAGCAUUUCUCUAUUCCUGUUGCUCUGCUUUUCGAAGUCUGUCGAACUCCAGCCUACUCUUCAUCCUUGGGAUUUCUAGCCUUGGGACACGUCUUCAAAUACAAACGCCACGCACAACGAGCAGAAUUUUCGAGAUUGCCUUUUUCAAGCAGCUGAAUUUCGGGUUUCAAUAUGGCCAUAGGUGACAUUGCUGUCACUAUUGGCGAAAGCGUCUCCAGCCUUGCACGGUCGUGCAAAGGCAAGAUCGUACGCGAAAAGCCAUACACGGAGGACGACACGAGCGAAUGUUCGGAUCAUAAAUCCGAGAAAGCUGUUAAGAAGGCCCCUACUGUGGACCCAACCUUUGGAUGCGACGCCGCCAUCAAGACCUUCUACGAGGGCAAGAACUCGAAUGCCAAUUACUUCGACUGGGUCGAAACGCCUCCAAAACAAGUGAGCAAGAAAAUAGCUAAAGCCUACGAUCGAGUCGCAGUCAAAGUCUAUAAAGUUAAGGACCUGGAAAAACCGGUGGUCGGAGGGGCAUUUGCCCUUAAGUAUCACAUGAUUGAAGUUCAAAGCCCAAUUCUCGUUGGAGCCUUGCGGGAUAUCAUGAAGAAGGAGGACGUCUACCUUGAGCCUACAGAGACAGCCACGUUCAAACAUCCAUUUCGACCACUUUGGUUCCGCUUUGAUGAGAUUGCCUCGCUUUGGCGUAAGACAGCAGAAUCCCAGCUGAAGUCCCACCUUGGAGUUCUCAUGAAAGUGCUCAACGAUAUAUUUGGCGGCGUCCAGACGCAUCUCAGCAAUCUCCAGAGCAGCCAGUUGAUCAAUUUCAAAUAUUCGUGGAUGUACUUCCCAAAAGAUUCACUCGUUUAUUCACCCGAUAAAGACUGUGAGCGCAUUUGUAAGGUGGUCGAUACAGAGAUCAUCACAGAUCAAAGAACGAGAAAGCACCUGAUAAUCAAAGCAGAGGAGCUCGCAUUUGACGGCGAAAGCUUUGCCUGGAGAGACACGAUCCUCGACGUUCCCGCUUUCGAGGGCAACAGACCCAUCAGGGAGCUGGAUCAUUUUCCGUUAUCUUUUGCCGAAGAUCCGGACGAGAUUAAAUCCAGGCUAGCAGAAAGAGGAAAGAAGGUGCUCAAGUACCAAGGAUUGACUUACUGUGAGUACGAUGGCUUGGGCUUAUUUAACGAGGAAGCAACAGGAACCAGGAAUGAGAAACACAACGUAUCGGGUCGUAUCCUCAUAGAUAUUUAUGGUUACGAAAAGCAUCACGAGGCGUUGAAACGGUCUUCAGGUCAGGACCGGGACUCCAAGAGAAGGAAAAACCGAACAAAGCCACAGCCACCACAGCAGCAGCCUGUAGAUCUUUUCAACAACACUAUUCCGAUGACUACGACGACAGUGGCGACAAACGCGGUUCAGAUUGUGGAUGACAAGGCAGAGCAUCAUUAUAUCAAGCGUUUAUCGGAAGCAGACCAGAAAAAGAACGAAGAGGAGAUGUUGGGUAGGCCCCAUGACUUGAUGUUCUUAUCUCCGAUAUUAAAGGGCUAUGCUUUGAAAAACAAGCUUUGGCUAAGUUUCUAUGUCGAUGACAUUCGUUCGAUCACAUGGAAUGAUGAUGCUUACGAUCAUCUGGUGUACGAUGAGAAGCAGAAAGACCUGGUCUUAUCGUUUGUUGAGAACCACAAGAGAACAAAUUCUGGGCUCGAGGACGUAAUCAUGGGGAAGGGACAGGGCCUCAUUCUCCUGCUCUCAGGACCUCCCGGAACAGGUAAGACAUUGACGGCCGAAGCCGUGGCGGACAGGACACGUCGGCCACUAUACUACCUACAGGCAGAAGAUUUAGGUAUCAACGCUGCACUACUUGGCGCGAACAUCAAAAAGGUCUUUGAGAUGGCAACCGAGUGGGAUGCAGUUAUCCUCCUGGACGAAGCAGACGUGUUCAUGGCUGAGCGCAACCCAAAUGACAUUGCCCGCAACGAGCUGGUUUCGAUCUUCUUACGCGAGCUGGAAUACUUCCGUGGCAUCAUCUUCCUUACAACUAACUUGUAUGAAACCAUCGACACAGCUUUUCGGUCUCGCGUGAACAUCCAUUUGCUCUUCAACCCACUGCCACCCUCCGCAAGGCAAGUACUAUGGAGAAAGUUUUUGGAGCGUUUGCCACCCAUGCGAUGCUCAGAACGGAGACCUAUUGAUGGCCUAGAAGAAGAAGACCUCAAGGAAUUAGCGAAGUGGGAGUUGAAUGGAAGAGAGAUUAAGAAUGCCAUCAAGACGGUGAAAAGCUGGUGCGACGUCAAGGGAUACGAGAUAAAUCUCCACAGAUUAGAAAGCGGGAUCAAGGUGACGGCGCCUCAAGGAAAGAAAACGGAAGCUGGAAGUGAGAAUAGCCUUUAUGAUUGAGGGUGUAUGUACUCUCUAGCUGCUUGGCACGGUUGAGCAACUCCAUCAGCGCUUGCUGGCUGAAUGUCAACCGAGCGUGGCAUUAAUCAGCUUUCCCGAUUUUACCAUAUUAAGUAAUAACGGAGACCGAAAAUCUUUCAAUCAACGAUCUCAGCGAUGCUCGUGGUCAUACUUUUAGGUCAAUAUCCUUCAGGAUGCAAAGUC